UAUAAUCUUAUUAUAAAAAUGGAUAAUAUUUCCCAUUUAAAUAUGCCAGGGUUUAGCGGAGGACUAAAUUUCAAACCGUUAACAGUACUAAAUACUUGUGUCUGUUGUUUGUCAGUCAAUGUUCCACUUGUGACAUUAACUAACUGUAAACACGUAGAGUUUUUUGAAUGUAAUUUGGAAUUUAAGUUAGAGUAUCCAGCAAGUCAUGUCUGUUAUGCAUGUCAUGGCACACUCAAGGACAUUUACCAGUUCAAGAGGCAGGUGGAAAAUAGUCUGUCAAAUCUUAACAAACAGGUUACAAACUUAAACCCAAACAACACAAAACUUUCCAAACUCACACAAGCCGAUAUAGAAAUAUUCCACACUCAGAACUCAGAGCCUAUUGAAAAAGAGGUCAUCAAACGUCAGAGUUACAUCGAAAUAAAAACAGAAAUUAAGAUAGAAGAAGAAUUCUCCGACCCGGACAAUGAUAUCCCGUUGUCCGAGAUAAAAGAUGAUAAAAAUCCUAAUACUCCGUUCUUCAUGCAUAAGCAUAAAGGGAAGAUCAAACUUGUUACGUUGAAUGAAGAAGAAUUGUUGGAAGAAAGGAGGAGAGAGGCGGCUAAGGAGAAAUAUUUGAAAUUAUUGUACAAGUGCGAGAGUUGUAUCGUCGGGUUUGACCAUGAGCUGGGGCUGAAAGAACAUAUGGAGAAGAAACAUACUGAGACAGAUGGCAGCUUCACGUGUGCGAUAUGUAAGUCUGUGCUCAUUUCUGUGGCGUCCUUCAAGGAGCAUAUGAGACGGCACUAUCGGAGGGUCGACUGUGGCGUGUGCGGGGCGCGGUACAGUACAGUAAUCUCUGCUCAGUCCCAUUAUGAGAAGAUGCACGCGAAAUCGCCCACUAAGUACAAGUGCGAGGAAUGUGGACAUACGGCAUCUUCGUACCGCGGGCUGCGUUACCAUCGCGACACGCACAAGAAGGGCCGCGUGAGCUGCGGCCAGUGCGGCAAACAGUUCGUUAACAAUUCCGGGCUCAAAGUGCAUAUGUACGCAGUCCACAAAGCCUCAAACCGGAUGUAUUCCUGCGACUCGUGCUCCAAGACCUACCGGCAGCGUUCCGGCCUCCUCUCCCACAUGGAAUCCGUUCACGGAACCCAUGGAGGUGCCUACUGCGCGCCUUGCAGGACGCACUUCCGCACGGAAAAUAACCUGAAGCACCACCUCAAUACGCAUAGUAAACAUACCAGUGAGAAUGAUAAGAAAUUCGUGUGUAGCGAGUGCGACGCACGGUUCAUAUUGAAGGGUCAGCUGAGAGAACAUAUCGACUGGGUGCAUCUCAAGAACACUAAGCACAAGUGUGACGAGUGUGAUAAGGCAUUUAAGAGCGGCACGAAGCUGAGACGGCACAUAAACUACGUCCACGAGAAGAAGCGGCCGCCGCGGAGCAAGAUGUGCGACCACUGCGGGCGCGGGUUCACGACGAUGUCGAUCCUGCGUUCGCACAUUCGCACGCACACUGGCGAGCGGCCGCACGCGUGCACACACUGCCAAGCCACGUUCGCGCACUCCGCCGCUCUGUACACACAUAACAAGCUCCUACACACACAGAAAACCGCAUUGACUUAAGUUUGCGAGGACACGUUAAAAGCAGGAUGGCCGUGUCGGUGCAGCGCCAUCUGUUAUUUUAAUAAAGACUUUAUUGAAGUAAAA